AUGGCCACCAACGCGCCGAAGAAGGUUAUGAGCCUUUUGGACGCGUUGGACCAGUCGUUUAUGUCUACAGACUCGCCAACGCCAGCCUUACCAACCCAAACCCCAGAUUCCCAUCUUUUUCCCGAGGCCGGACCAAGUUCAUCGGCUGCCCUAGAUGCCCUACGAGCGGCUCAGAGCGCUUACGAGAUCAGUGUAGCUGCAGCUGCGCCUUUUAUGACUCAGUCGCUUGCUUCUCUCGGGAAUGCCGGACGAGGAGGUGGUUUCAAACUAAAUUACGAUGUCGAGACACCAUUGCGGGCCAUAGACGUAGGGGGACCCGACCAAGAACAGAGGUUGGCCGAUUUCGUCACCAAAUCAAUAGAAAAUACUGGUCAGAAUGUCUCCGUGAAGGACGCAAUGAAGAAACUUGGGUUGAAAGAUAACCGAGACCUGCUACCUGGGGUUGAAGUUCGUCUAUUGAGCCAUCAAGCCAUUGGAGUUGCAUGGAUGUUGGACAAAGAACGUAGUCCAGAUAGAGGCGGCAUUCUCGCGUAG